AUGUUAAGAUGGUUGAGAAGAGGAUUGUGGAACUAUCACACUGUGCUGCUGCUGCUUCCCCUUCUUCUCGUCCUCGGGACGAAGGAAGCAGAAUGUGCCUUUGUGUUGCUGCUGAUGGAGACAUACUGGGUGACAGGAUUCCUCUGUCUGCUCCCCGCCCUCUUUUUCCCCAUAUUUGGCAUCAUGAAGUUCUUGGAUGUAGAAAAGGAGAACUUUAAAGACUUUCUCCUCUUGCUGGUGGGUGUCAUCUGCCUCACCACCUCCACUGAGAAGUGGGGACUCCAACAGAGAACAGCCCUGAGGCUGGUCACCAGUGGAGUCAACCCUGCAUGUCCUUUCAGAGCCUCAGAAUGGAAGAAAUGUGUGCCUCAGCCUGCAGCUCCCAGCAGGACUAAACGGGACCUGAUGCUGUGUAAAGCCAUGUGCAUCGGCGUCGCCUACUCCUCCAACAUGGGAGGCAUCGCCACGCUGCCUGGCACCUCCCCUGACCUCAUCUUCUCUGAGUACCUCAACCCGAUUUACCCAAACUGCAACUGCAUUAACUUUGGGAAGUGGCUCCUGUUGUGUCGACCCAUCAGUGUUAUCAUGCUGCUGACAUGGAUAUGGCUGCACUGGCUCUUCCUUGGCUCAGACUUCAGGUUCCUGUGAUGCAAAUAGCCUGAGAAUAAUGCAGUGGCAAGAAAAGGGAUAGAAGAAGAGUACAGGGCGCUGGGACCAAUGAGGAAACUGACACUGGACAUUUUUAUCCCAUUGUUAAGUGAUGCAGGUUUUGCAGAAGCUAUCCAACUCAACCCGCUGUAUGUCCUGAUCCCCGCCACCCUGUGCACAUCCUUCUCCUUCCUGCUUCCUGUGUCCAACCCGCCCAACGCCAUCAUGUUCGCCUACAGAUACAUCCACGUCCUGGACAUGGUGAAGGUGGGGCUUGACGUCAAUGUGAUUGGCGUCCUUACUGCUCUUUUGGCCGUGGCCACAUGGGGAGUUCCAUUAUUCUCCCUGGAUACAUACCCUGACUGGGCCCCGGUCCUCCCCGGGUUCAGCUCCACAUCACCAUGA